UUUCUUUUCAGAAAGGAAAAUGGGCCUGGCUUUUUGCUCACUUGUGUUUUUUCUGUUAUAUAGUGUGAUUGUGUUAUGAUAAUUAAUAAAUUUCAUUUAGAUUAUAUGAGUAUGAGGCUGCACAGGUUUGUCCCCAUCAAUAACAGAACCGAGCAUAUUCUCUACUAUAUACAUGCAGUUAAAGAAAUGCUGCAAAGUAAGCACAAUAAGUUCCAAGAGUAGUAGACAAACUAUCAGAUUAUUAUCUUAAACUGCGUGCAAUGGCCGUGGAAAAUGGCAUACACAGUGAUACAAGUACUCAUGAGACUAGCACAUCAAAAGGCCUGGAAGAAAAGGAUAAAAGCGCCAGAGCAAAUGGGCACCCACAAGAAAUAGAGAAGAGCAAAGGAGAAGAGAAAACAAACUCAGUUCCAUUCCACAAGCUCUUUUCAUUUGCAGACUCUGUUGAUAUUGUUUUGAUGAUCAUUGGCACUAUUGGUGCUCUUGGGAAUGGAUUAAGUAUGCCCUUGAUGACAAUAUUUCUUGGGGAUACAAUUGAUGCUUUUGGAAAUAACCAGAAUAACCAAGAUGUUGUGGAUGUAGUUUCCAAGGUGUCUCUGAAAUUUGUCUACUUGGGAAUAGGAUCUUCUGUGGCCUCAUUUCUCCAGGUGGUUUGUUGGAUGGUCACAGGGGAGAGACAGGCUGCAAGAAUAAGGGGUUUAUAUUUGAAGACUAUAUUAAGACAAGAUAUUGCUUUCUUUGAUAAGGAAACAAACACUGGAGAGGUCAUUGGUAGAAUGUCUGGGGACACUGUUCUUAUACAAGAUGCAAUGGGAGAGAAGGUUGGGAAAUUUCUGCAGCUCGUAUCUACAUUCCUUGGAGGAUUUGUAAUAGCAUUUGUCAAAGGGUGGCUUCUUACUCUUGUCAUGUUGUCCUCUCUGCCCCUGCUUGUUCUAGCUGGUGCAGCUAUGUCUAUUAUGAUAGCUAAGAUAGCAUCUCGUGGACAAAAUGCUUAUGCAAAAGCAGCAACUGUAGUUGAGCAGACUAUUGGUUCAAUCAGAACGGUUGCAUCAUUUACGGGGGAGAAGCAAGCCAUACGGAAUUACGAGAAGUUCCUUCUUGCUGCUUACCACUCAGGUGCUCAUGAGGGCUUAAUUACUGGAUUGGGACUGGGCCUAUUUAUGCUUAUCCUGUUCUGUAGUUAUGCUUUGGCAAUAUGGUUUGGAGGAAAGAUGAUACUGGAAAAAGGAUACACGGGUGGCGAAGUGAUUAAUGUAAUCAUUGCUGUGUUGACUGGUUCUACGUCCCUAGGGCAAGCAUCUCCCUCCAUGACUGCAUUUGCUGCUGGACAAGCUGCAGCUUAUAAGAUGUUCGAGACCAUUGGUAGAAAGCCAGAGAUAGAUGCGUAUGAUAUGAGUGGAAAGAUAUCAGAUGACAUCCAUGGAAGUAUAGAGUUAAGGGAAGUAUAUUUCAGUUAUCCAGCUAGACCGGAUGAGCAAAUAUUUAGUGGUUUCUCUCUUUCUAUCCCAAAUGGCAUGACUGCUGCUUUGGUUGGACAAAGUGGAAGUGGGAAAUCAACAGUGAUCAGUCUAAUAGAGCGGUUUUAUGAUCCCCAAGGUGGUGAAGUUCUCAUAGAUGGCAUCAACCUCAAAGAGUAUCAGCUAAAGUGGAUUCGGGAAAAAAUUGGACUCGUCAGCCAAGAGCCUGUGUUAUUUACAUCCAGCAUUAGGGAUAAUAUUGCAUAUGGAAAAGAUGGAGCAACCACUGAAGAGAUAAGAGCUGCAGCUGAACUUGCCAACGCUGCUAAAUUCAUUGAUAAACUGCCUCAGGGUCUAGAUACAAUGGUUGGUGAGCAUGGAACACAGCUGUCUGGUGGACAGAAACAGAGAAUUGCAAUAGCGAGAGCUAUCCUGAAAGAUCCACGAAUCUUACUUUUGGAUGAAGCUACUAGCGCACUUGAUGCAGAAUCUGAAAGAAUAGUUCAGGAGGCACUAGAUAGGAUUAUGGUCAACAGAACAACAGUCAUUGUUGCCCAUCGUCUGACUACGAUUAGAAAUGCUGAUGUGAUUGCUGUCAUUCACCGUGGAAAUAUAGUUGAGCAAGGUUCACAUUCAGAACUACUUGCGUAUCCUGAUGGAGCAUACUCUCAGCUUAUAAGGUUACAAGAAGUAAAUGAAGAUUCAGAAGAAGCUGUAGAUGAACAUAAAAGACCAGAGAUUUCUUUGGAAUCAUUGUCUAGUCAAAGAAAUUCAUUGCGACGGUCCAUUAGUCGGGCAUCAUCUAGACUUGGAAAUAGCCAUCGUCAUUCGUUGUCAGUUUCUUUUGGUUUAACCACAGGACUUAAUGUCUCUGAAAAUUCACUGGCAGAACCAGAAGUGUCUCCACAAAAUAACCAAACUCCAGAGGUCCCGAUUCGCCGCCUCGCAUAUCUCAAUAAGCCUGAGAUUCCAGUGCUUAUAGCUGGAUCCAUAGCUGCAAUUAUUAAUGGUGUGGUAUUUCCUCUUUUUGGUAUACUAAUUUCUAGAGUGAUUGAAUCGUUUUUUAAACCGCCUCAUGAAUUGAGGAAGGAUUCGAAGUUCUGGGCAAUCAUCUUUGUGAUAGUCGCCGUUGUCUCAUCUUUGGCAUGUAUUGCACAAUUAUACUUUUUUGCUGUGGCUGGGUCUAAGUUGAUCCAGCGGAUCAGAUCAAUGUGUUUUGAUAAGGUGGUUCAUAUGGAGGUUGGUUGGUUCGAUGUGCCUGAGCAUUCAAGUGGUGCAAUUGGUGCUAGACUUUCAGCAGAUGCAGCAGCAGUGCGUUCUCUGGUUGGAGAUUCACUUGCUCAGAUGGUUCAAAAUAUUGCAUCAGCAGUAGCAGGUCUGAUCAUUGCGUUCACUUCAAGUUGGCAACUGGCUUUCAUUAUUCUUGUAAUAGUUCCUCUCACAGGACUCAAUGCUUAUGUUCAAUUAAAGUUCUUGAGAGGGUUCAGCGCAGAUGCAAAAAUGAUGUAUGAGGAAGCAAGCCAAGUUGCAAAUGAUGCAGUUGGUAGUAUAAGAACUGUUGCCUCUUUCUGUGCUGAAGAAAAGGUGAUGCAACUGUACAGAAAGAAAUGUGAAGGUCCUCUAAAGACAGGAAUAAGGCAAGGGCUCAUCAGUGGAAUAGGAUUUGGAGUAUCAUUCUUCUUGCUGUUUUCUGUCUAUGCAACUAGUUUCUAUGCAGGAGCUCAACUUGUCAAGCAUGGGAAAACAACAUUCUCAGAUGUUUUUCAAGUUUUCUUUGCUUUAACCAUGGCUACUAUGGGAAUUUCUCAAUCAAGCUCCUUUGCUCCUGAUUCCUCCAAGGCCAAGAGCGCUGUUGCUUCCGUUUUCUCAAUUUUAGAUAGAAAAUCAAAGAUAGAUCCUAGUGAUGAAUCAGGAAUGACAUUAGAAAAUGUGAAAGGAGAAAUUGAGUUUCGUCAUGUAAGCUUUAGGUAUCCAUCUAGGCCGGAUAUUCAAAUUUUCCAAGAUCUGAGCUUGUCUAUUCAUUCUGGCAAGACUGUGGCUCUAGUUGGUGAAAGUGGAAGCGGGAAAUCAACUGCCAUCUCAUUGUUACAAAGAUUUUAUGAUCCUGAUUCUGGACAUAUAACACUGGAUGGAGUUGAAAUUCAAAGGCUCCAACUCAAGUGGUUGAGACAGCAGAUGGGGCUUGUGAGCCAAGAACCAGUAUUGUUUAACGAUACAAUCCGUGCCAACAUUGCAUAUGGAAAGGAUGGAAAUGCAUCUGAGGCAGAAAUCUUAGCUGCAUCAGAGUUGGCCAAUUCACACGAGUUCAUUAGUAGUUUACAACAGGGGUAUGAUACUCUCGUAGGUGAACGAGGAGUCCAACUGUCGGGGGGACAGAAGCAAAGGGUAGCCAUUGCUCGGGCUAUAGUGAAAACACCAAAGAUACUGCUACUGGAUGAGGCAACCAGUGCCCUGGAUGCCGAAUCUGAGAGAGUGGUUCAAGAUGCAUUAGACAGAGUAAUGCAGAACAGGACGACAGUUGUUGUAGCCCAUCGAUUAUCUACGAUCCAGAAUGCAGAUGUUAUUGCAGUGGUUAAAAAUGGUGUUAUUGUAGAGAAAGGAAAACACGAGACUUUGAUCAGUAUCAGCAAUGGUUUUUAUGCUUCCCUAGUGGCACUUCACGUAAGUGCCUCAAUUGCAUGAGCUGCUUACAGUUUCUUUUUCCUGUUAUGAUAAUUUUGGUGAAGAAUUCAUGUACUCUCCUUUCCAAACAGAAAUAUUAAUAUAAAUGCUUUUCCUUUACUAUGAA